UCCGUGUACGUUUGAGAAUCGUUCGUUCCGACGGAUUCAAUUCUCCGCGAAAUUGGCGUAGGUAAAACGUAUAGAUCAAGCUAGCGUGAUCGAGCUACAAAUUUUUCGAAUCGCAAAGGAUUGCCCUGCAUGGUUCAAACCUACGUAGUUCAUUCCUACACGGCGUGGUUGGUAAUCGCGAAAAUAGCAGCGUAGAACGACUUUGGAGGUUAGUAGCGUCAUUGUAACGGUACGAUGUUUAGAAAAAUCAAUUACAUAUUUCGGAAGUUUGAUCGAAACAUCGAAGCCGAUCGCCGGACUUCAAUCUUAUUGUCGAAUGAAAAGCAGUGUUUGAAAAGUCGAACAUCAGUUCCACGUGCUAUGGACAUCGAAACAACACAGUUGUCUCUGUUCGCUCCGUUGGCGAGGACGAGGACCACCCUACACAUGAUGGUUGAUUGCGUCCCAUCCACGGAAGGAGACAAACCGCAGAAGCGCGUGCUCCUCGUGAGACCAAGAAGAAGAAGAAAAGGAAAACAACAGUACUCUGGAUCAACACGCGGUGAAACUUUCGUCUCCUCUUGCGAACGGGCCAGUUUACGGAAUCGAUCGAUCCAACAUGCUGCUACGCCUGGAACUCGUGGUAUUGGGGGCACAGAUAAUGUCUCUGGGUUACGAAGCCUUUGCAGAGACGGUGAUAACGGCUGCUGAGGAGGGACCCGCGUCGUUCAUGGAGCCAAAAUUCAUCUCCGAAAGCGAGGCAAUUACGGACCGGAGCAAACACCCCUGUCGACGAAGAUGCAGGGAUGGAGAGCCCUCCAUGGAAUGUCGCUACGAUUUUCGUCUCGAGGCUUAUCACACCAUGAGCAAAGCCUGCUUCGACUGCUUCUCAAAUAUAACCGACUGCUUCAGGCAGGAUUGCAUUCCGGCCGACGGCGUGAAGCGAUCCCUCGUCGUAGUCAACCGGCAGAUGCCAGGACCCGCGAUCGAGGUCUGCCUGGGGGACAGGAUAAUAGUUGACGUCCACAACAUGCUGCCCGCGGAGAGCACGACCAUGCACUGGCACGGACAACACCAUCGCAGCACUCCCUACAUGGACGGCGUACCCUAUGUAACGCAGUGCCCGAUUCAUCCGGGAGCCACCUUCCGGUAUCACUAUGUCGCCGCCACCUCCGGGACCCACUUUUGGCAUUCGCAUUCCGGAUUUCAGCGCGGCGACGGUGUUAUCGGCCCCCUCAUAGUCCGCGUUCCACCUCGUCUGGACCCUCACUUUAAGUACUACGACUUAAUCGAGCACACGAUGAUCGUCAUGGAUUGGGAUCACAAGACCGGCGCCGAUAAGUUUCUCGCUCACCACCACGCUGAUGGUGACAACAAGCCCGUAAACCUUCUGGUGAACGGCCUCGGUCGCCACAAUGGUGUCAAAACUCCCCUCGCCACUUUCGUCGUGAAAGAGAGCGUAAGGUACAGAUUCCGUGUGAUAAACGCCGGGUUCCUCAACUGUCCAAUAGAGAUCUCAAUCGACAAUCACACCAUCUAUGUAAUCAGCACCGACGGAAACGACAUCCAACCCGUCGAAGCCGAAUCGCUAGUUACCUACGCUGGGGAGAGAUUCGACUUUAUCCUCCAGGCAAACCAGAAGCAGGACAACUAUUGGAUUCGGUUCCGGGGCCUUAUGGACUGCGAUGAGCGGUUCACCAGGGCAAACCAGGUAGCAAUACUACGGUAUAUGGGAGCGCCCGAGGUCGAGCCAACCGCAACUGUGUCUUACGAGCGAAAUGUUUCAACCUCAACGAAAGCGUUGCAAGUCAAUGCGCUGAAUCAAGGCAUGGAAAAUAAUGCGACGAUCAGCAUACCGUUGCUGUAUUCUCUGGAUCCCGACGACGAGGCCAACACCAAAGAUCCGGAUUACCAGUUCUAUAUUUCCUACGAUUUUUACGCAAAAGAUAACCCCCAUUUUCACCGGAAAGAUCUCUACGGCUUUCACAAAGUGAUAAACAACAGUCAAAGGGUAUUUACGCCCCAACUUAAUUACAUAUCAAUGAAACUACCGGAAUUUCCACUGCUCUCACAACGCGAAGCGAUCCGGCCUGAUCAGUUCUGUAACGAAAGUAGCGUUACAAAUUGUGAAGAUAACUACUGCGCGUGCACUCACGUUCUCCAAGUAAAAUUGGGAAGCGUGGUGGAGCUCGUUCUAAUCGACAAAGGUUUUACCUAUGAUGCAAACCAUCCGUUUCACUUACACGGUCACGACUUCCGAGUUGUCGCCAUGGAGAGGGUUGGGAAAAAUGUUACAGUUGAUGAAGUUAAGAGACUAGACGCUGCUGGUCUUAUUAAAAGAAAGCUCAGUCAGGCCCCAAUCAAGGAUACAGUAACCGUUCCUGAUGGAGGUUACACGGUGGUCCGUUUCCACGCCAACAACCCCGGGUAUUGGCUCUUCCAUUGCCACAUCGAGUUUCAUGUUGAACUUGGGAUGGCCUUGAUAUUCAAAGUCGGUGAGCACGAGGACUUUCCACCGGUACCUGACAAGUUUCCACGAUGUGGAAGCUACACCCCAAUUGGACCUCCGGAAGCAACUACGACGACAACGGCGGAGACGGCACAAACGACGGAGACGACAACGGAGUUGAUGACUACGAAAAAAUCAUUGACCACGCCAACGACGACGACGACCGCGAUGUCAGAUCUCACCGAAAACGAGACUGUGAUCAGAGAACAGCUCAUCAUAAUUCGAUGGCUUUCUUCGGUCGUUCGCGAUUUGACGAUGAAGGCCAGUUCAGCGUCUUCAACCAAAGAAAUUUCUAUUGUUAAGAUCGUUUUUUCAAUAGUCACACUUUUACUUGCCAAUAGUAUUCAUCGAUAAAAUGAUCACCGAAUGGAACAAUUGAAUGAUGGUUUUCGAGAUGUGACUUUUCACAGGUACGAAUUUGCAACGUUUUCCGUUACCUGUAGCAACGAUUUAAACGACCGAACUUAUUGCCAUCUGAAAUAUUUCUAAAGUCGCAUUUUUAAUUCGUUACAAGGGCGUAAUGUUCUUCUUUUAUCACGACGGGAAAUGACGGUUAAACUUGUCUAAAAUAUAUCGGCGUAGUAGACGUAAUUAUCUUCUCCUUCGGUGAUACGAAAAUUACAUGAAACUUCUGGUUAUACUGAUACUAACAGGUAUUACAAUCUAUAGGAUACAGAAGGAACACAUGAAACGAAUAAAACGGAAGACAGAGAGAGUCGUAUGUCGGGAAUGAAGAAUUCGACGAGUUAUUAAUUUAUAAUUUAAUUUCCAACAGGCACUGUAUGGACGGCCAAUUGUUUAUGCCUUGAUUAAUAUCAUAGCCACGGAUAUUCAAACACGCGGUUACUUUAACUUGGGACGCAGGAAAUCGCGUCACGUAACUCCCGCGUACCAUCGCUUCCCAUACUAAAUUGGGUUAUGAUAAUUUUGUAAUAUCAGCGAUACUAGAAAUAGGUUAUACGGUGCGUGGUGUAUAAUGAUCUGGAUAUUAUAUAAGUGUAAGCAUACUGUAUAUACUUAUUACUGUGAUACGGAUAUAUUUAUGUGUUGGCAAGUACUUAAUUGAUACGUGUCAAACAUAAAUCGUUAAUCGACAAUAGGAUCUUUAUACGGAAGAGUUUUGCUACAGUAUUUGUGAGAGUGCGCGUGUGUGUGAUUUUUUAAAAGUAUUUUUAGUGUUAGAAAUAACGUGUGAAUGGAAGAUCUAUAAGUAUUUGAUACGAUUCUCGUGAUUUACUACUAUUAUAGGACAAAAGGGACCAACGCAUUUUGAACACACCAGUUCGUCGCAUCAUAUUCUUGCCCUGCAUCACAUAUACCUAGGUAUAUUAAAAAUAAAAUCUAUGAAUGAAGUA